AGGUCAUCCGCAAACAUCAUCACAGAUCCAAGUCAUGGUGAAAUACUGCGGAUAUCUGUUGACCGAGAGCUGGUUGCACCAGCGAGCCCUUGAUAUGGGCUACCCGCCCGCUAAGACAUCCGAAGACUCGCACGGCAUCCUUAGCAUUGUUUCGAGGAAUGUCAUGGCAGUGUCGGGCGUUCUCUCAUACGCCAGAGUUCGUCGAAUAAAAACUCCCAAGGGCAAAUAUUUCUGGUGCAUUGCCCUCGCUUGUGACGAUCCUUUUACCGCGGGGGAACGCUUGUCAACCCACGCGCCGUCGGAGGCAAGUUAUAAGGCUUUGAAGGAGGCGCUGGGGAAGGAUGGUCCCACCUCACUGGUAUCGAGCUUUUUGAAACCACACGGAAAGCCACACAAGCCUCGUCGCAUUGUCACAUACAUCGCCACAUACCACCCAAGCUAUCAAAUCCCAUGACGUGGUGAUUGAUGUAUUUCAUUUUCUUUCCAUUAUCCGCGUAUCUAUAUAUUGGUCUGAGGAAGAGCCAGAAUGCCGCGGGUUCUCUAUUAGUUCCCUUCGCCCUUAACCGGUUCCUGCCAUAUGUUGAUUAUAUCCUGUAGUAUCUAUAAAUCAUCCAGGAGUAUUGCGAAUUGAGGCUAUCCGACAUCUGAGUUUGUACAUU